UGUAGUUUGACCUUUGCCGGCUUCUGUGACACCCGGAAGUGAUUGUGCGCAGAGAUCAGCGUGACAUUCACAGGCAGCUAUGGGUCUCCUGCGGGCAGCAUCUGUGAUCGGGUCCUGGUUACCCUCAGCCCGAGCUCAGCUGCCUCUGAACUUUUGCCGACAUUGCUCCUCUGGCGUAAUUCCCAAUGAAAGGAUUCGGAACAUCGGGAUCUCUGCCCACAUUGAUUCUGGCAAAACCACCGUGACCGAGCGUAUUCUCUACUACACUGGCCGGAUAGCGCAGAUGCACGAGGUGAAAGGUAAAGAUGGUGUUGGUGCUGUUAUGGAUUCAAUGGAAUUGGAGCGGCAGAGAGGAAUUACCAUUCAGUCUGCUGCAACCUACACCAUGUGGAAGAACACAAACAUCAACAUCAUUGACACACCAGGACACGUGGACUUCACAAUUGAAGUGGAAAGAGCUCUGAGAGUGUUGGAUGGAGCUGUACUUGUGGUGUGCGCUGUUGGUGGAGUUCAGUGUCAGACAAUGACGGUCAACAGGCAGAUGAAGCGAUAUAACGUCCCUUUCCUAACAUUCAUCAACAAGUGCGACAGAUUGGGGUCUAAUCCCGAUAGGGCAGUGCAGCAGCUAAGGUCUAAACUGAACCACAAUGCAUCAUUCAUCCAGCUUCCUAUUGGACUUGAGGGCAACUUCAGAGGAAUCAUCGACCUUGUGGAUGAACGUGCUAUUUAUUUUGAUGGGCAGUUUGGGCAGCAGAUACGCUAUGAGGAUAUUCCAGCCGAGUUCAGAGCUGAAGCAGCAGACAGACGCCAAGAGCUAAUAGAACAUGUGGCGAAUUCAGAUGAUAUUUUAGGGGAGAUGUUCCUGGAGGAAAAGAUCCCUUCUAUUACUGAUCUCAAGAUGGCUAUCCGCAGAGCCACCCUGAAGAGGAUGUUUACACCUGUACUGGUAGGGAGUGCGCUGAAAAACAAGGGUGUCCAACCCCUUCUAGAUGCAGUGCUAGAAUAUCUUCCAGACCCCUCAGAAGUUUCCAACUAUGCAAUUCUGAAUCAAGACAAUUCCGAGGAGCCUACCAAGAUUCUGAUGAGCCCCGCAAGAGAUGAUUCCCAUCCGUUUGUUGGACUUGCAUUCAAACUGGAAGCUGGUCGCUUUGGUCAACUUACAUAUAUCCGAGUGUAUCAGGGAAUGCUGAGAAAAGGUGACUACAUCUACAAUACAAGGACUGGCAAGAGAGUACGUGUACAGAGGCUGGUCCGGCUUCACGCAGAUUCAAUGGAGGAUGUGGAAGUAGGUUAUGCAGGAGACAUCUGUGCCUUGUUCGGUAUUGACUGUGCUAGCGGAGACACCUUUGCAAGCAAAGCCAGUGACCAUCUCUCAAUGGAAUCCAUCCACGUGCCAGACCCAGUCAUUUCUGUAGCGAUAAAGCCUGGUAACAAGAAUGAUAUGGACAAGUUUUCUAAGGGUAUCAAUCGAUUCACCCGAGAAGACCCAACCUUCAGAGUACAUUAUGAUACAGAAAGCAAAGAGACCAUUGUAUCCGGGAUGGGAGAACUGCACCUGGAGAUUUAUGCUCAGAGACUGGAAAGGGAAUAUGACUGUCCUUGUACUAUUGGAAAACCUAAAGUUGCCUUCCGAGAGACUGUUGCAAGACCUGUUCCGUUUGACUUCACUCAUAAGAAGCAGUCUGGAGGGGCUGGCCAAUAUGGUAAAGUCAUUGGGUGUAUCGAGCCGCUGGAAGCUGAAAACUACACAAAAUUGGAAUUCGACGACCGAACUGUAGGAACAAAUGUCCCCAAACAGUUUGUCCCUGCUGUGGAGAGGGGUUUCCGUGAUUCCUGUGAGAAAGGACCUCUGACUGGACACAAGAUUUCUGGGAUACGCUUUGUCCUGGAAGAUGGUGCUCAUCACAUUGUGGAUUCCAAUGAAAUCGCCUUCAUCAGGGCAGGAGAAGGAGCCUUAAAACAAGCUCUGGAGCAAGCAACGGUUACCAUUCUGGAACCAAUAAUGUCUGUCGAGGUUGUAGCACCCAAUGAGUUCCAAGGGGCUGUGAUUGCUGGCAUUAACCGAAGACAUGGAGUGAUUGAAGGUCAAGACGGAUCUGAGGAGUACUUCACGCUUUAUGCAAAUGUUCCUCUCAAUGAUAUGUUUGGCUAUGCAAGUGAGCUGCGAUCCUGUACAGAGGGAAAGGGUGAAUACACAAUGGAGUACCUCAAGUACCAGCCUUGCUCACCCAGUACCCAGGAAGAAUUGGUCAACAAAUAUCUGGAAGCUACAGGCCAACUUCCAGUGAAGAAGGGAAAGUACAAGAGCUGACCUCCUUUCUUCGAAUCCUCUUAAUAGACACUUGAGCCGUCCUGCUCAGAUUUUUAUUCUGUGUAAAGAUUCUCAUUUACUAUAUUUAUACUGUGUCCACAUGUACGUUUUGGCCCUUUCUGGGGUGUGGUACGGCAGACAAUGAAGAUUCAGAAGUGGUUUUUGUGAAACCCUUGGACAUUGAGGUUCUGUCACCUGCAAAUCCAGAGAGGAGCUGAUACAGGAGGAAGAUGCAAUGAUCAGUAUUGUGAAUCGGAAGGGACUUCAUUUUAUAUUUUCAGAAUGGUCAUCUGACUACUAACUGUGUCGAACCUCAUGGCUGGAUUGUUAUCUAAAUGGCCAUUUGUGCAGAGGGGUUUGUGUCACCAUCUCUAAAGCUUACUGUUUCUAUGGGUGUGUGAAGCUCUUCUACAUUCUAACAGAUGUCCACCAGGGAAUAAAUAAGCUAUACAUGUG